AUGCCUGGCAUCAUUACCCAGCCCUCUUUUCUCUCUAUUCCUCAUGACCCAUCUGAGCUGCCCGCUGGCUCUGACCCUUUUCUCAUCACUGCUCAGAAUGGGUACCUUCCCACGCAGCUGCCACUUCGCAGACUGCCUGCAGCCUUUGAUGUAUUGAGCGACAUCCUGGAUGACAUGCCCAUUCUCAAGGAAGAUGGCAGCGCUGGCUUGCUUGCGACUUUCAAGCUUGGCCCACUGAUUGAUUCUGGUGCUCUGCCUGACCUCACUGCUGAGAUUGAUAACCUCGUUGUUCCUGGCACCAAGGAGAUAGACAUGGCUGCUAUUACUGCUGCCUUCCGCGACUACUCUUUUGUCGCUUCUUCUUAUCUGCUUGAGCCUUGCUGGAAGGUUUACAGCAACAAUCCCGCCGACGGCUACGGGCUUGGUCGUCAGAUUCUGCCUAAGUGCAUUGCUGGCCCACUUGUCAAGUGUGCCGAGAUCCUUGAUAUUCCUGCCUUCAUGUCGUACGCCGCUUCUUACGCUUUGUACAACUACUAUCUCGUUGAUCCUUCCAAGGGCCAUGAUGACUACUCCAACCUUCGUCUGAUCCGUGCCUUCGAGAAGGGUCUCGAUCCCAAGUCCUCCGAAGCUGGUUUUAUUCUGACUCACAUCCAUAUGGUCGCACAGACAGGCAAGCUGAUUGAAGGAGCUGCCAAUGUCGUGGACGCCGUCUCUGCGGCCCGCGACGAGCAAAAGGAUGAGCAUGCCAUUACUGAUGCUAAGACCGGACUUCAAUCUAUUCUCCAAGCCAUGACUGUCAUUGAAGCCAACAUGGAAAAGAUGUGGGCCAAUUCUCUGCCUAAGGAUUAUAUGACUUACCGCACCUUCAUCUACGGCAUCACCAACCAAUCUAUGUUCCCCGACGGUGUCAUCUACGAGGGUCAAUACGACGACAAGCCUCAAUUCUUCCGCGGUGAAUCUGGCGCAAAUGACAGCAUUAUCCCUCUUCUCGACCACAUCUGCGAGAUCCCCAUGCCCGAGAACCCGCUCACGCAAAUCCUCCGUGAAUUCCGUCAAUACAGACCCAAGCCUCACCGCGAGUUCCUGACCACUAUCCGCGAAAAGGCAGCUGACGUCGGUGUCCGCGACUUCCUCACCAAUUCUGGCGACCUCAGCGCUGUGGUCUUGUACUUGCGCGUUCUCGACCACAUCCGCAGUUUCCGUUGGCGCCACUGGCAGUUUACUCGCGAGUAUAUCAUCAAGCGCACUUCUCACCCUGUCGCUACCGGCGGCAGUCCCAUCAUUACAUGGCUACCCAACCAGCUUUCUGCAGUCAUGCAGUUGAUGGAAGAUGUGUGCAAGGGCUCUGGGCUUUGGGCGAUCCUCGCUGAAGGUGUGUGGACUGGUGGCGGUGCUCAGGCAUCCUUGACCAAGAAGGAGUUUGACUUGAUCAAGGAUAUUAUGGAUAACGCGGUGGAUCAGAAGAAGAAGUUGGCAAAGGAGGUCGCUAAGUAUUGCCAGGACAGAGGUGUUGAUGCCACAAAAGUUUGA